UCUCCGCUCGGCCCCGCCCCUUCCGGCCCCGCCCCACCGCCAUGGGCGCCGCUGUCUUCUUCGGCCUGGCCGGGAUCGCCUUCGGGCCGGCCCUGGCGCUCGUCCUGCUCACGGUGGCGGCGGAACCGCUGCGAGUCAUCGUGCUGGUGGCGGGGGCCUUCUUCUGGCUGGUGUCACUGCUGCUGGCCUCUCUCAUCUGGUUCAUUGCAGUGCACCUCAGUGACAGGGAGGAUGCCAGGCUGCAGUAUGGGCUCCUCAUCUUCGGGGCUGCUGUCUCUGUCCUGCUGCAGGAGGCUUUCAGAUUUGCCUACUUCAAGCUGCUGAAGAAGGCUGACGAAGGGCUGGCGCUGCUCAGCGAGGAUGGGCGCUCCCCCCUGUCCCUGCGGCAGAUGGCGUACGUCUCAGGCCUGUCCUUUGGCAUCAUCAGUGGAGUCUUCUCCAUCAUUAACAUCCUGGUGGACUCCAUCGGGCCAGGGAUCGUUGGGAUCCAUGGGGAUUCUCCCUACUACUUCAUCACCUCUGCAUUCCUCACCAUGGCUCUCGUCCUGCUCCACACCUUCUGGGGGGUGAUUUUCUUCGACGCCUGCGAGCGGCAGCGCUACUGGUGCCUGGGGCUGGUGGUUGCCACUCACCUCCUGACCUCGGGGCUGACGUUCCUGAACCCCUGGUAUGAAGCCAGCUUGGUCCCCAUCUUCAUCAUCACCCUCUGCAUGGGCCUCUGGGCCUUCGUCACCGCCGGGGGCUCCUUCCACAACAUCCUCAAGUGCCUCUCCUGUAAGCAGGAGGACGACAGCAGAGUGAUGAUGUACUCAGCACUGCAGGUGCCUUUGGAGGACUGAGCAGCUGCCGUGGCCCUGCCUGUGCCACCUCCGGCGUGCCCAAGUGCCCUCUUCUCGGCAGCUGCCAAGGUCACGCCGCUGACCUGCGCCUCCGCUGCCGCCCGGCUCAGCCCCCCCGGGACACCACGGGGGGGGCCUCUGUGUCCUGUCCCACUUCAGAGGGGACUUGUGGGGGGGCCUGUGGACCCCCUUCCCAUGACCUUUGUUGGACUGGACUCCUGCUGGGCUGAGUGUGGGAGGGCAGGAGUGGGGCUGGGUGCCCUGCGGAGCAGCUGAGCUCGGGGCAGGACCCCCCCA